CAUUCCUCCCGUUAUCCUCUGGUCCUGUGAUCGUCCUCUGAUCGUACCCGGAGUGUGUCGUGGGUUUUCCCGUGUGAGAAUGUGGAGUAAAGCUGAGACAGAGAUCCUCUCCGGCCCGACCACGCUGCCCCCUCCUCCUCCAUGAUCCUCCCCUCCAGCUGUGUGUCGGGGGAGGAGGUGUACAGCACCAGCUCCUCCUCGGUGUCUCUGGACUCCAGUGUUUUCUUCACCGAGACGCCGCCUUCCUCCACCGCAGACUUCCUGGAGUUCUUCGUCGUAAACGUCGGGGGAAGUCGCCACGUGCUGUCGCAGGAUCUGCUGGCGUCGCACCCGGAGACCCGGCUGGGGAAACUGGCCCGAUGCAGCCGAGAGUCGGCGCUGGAGCUCUGUGACGACGCAGACUUCCUGGAAAAUGAGUUCUUCUUUGAUCGAAACUCACAGACCUUCCAGUAUGUGAUGAACUUCUACCGGACGGGUCACCUGCACGUGAGGGAGGAGCUGUGUGAGAUCUCCUUCCUGCAGGAGAUCCAGUACUGGGGCAUCGACGAGCAUCGCAUCGGCGCGUGCUGCCGCGAGCGCUACCAUCGCCGCAAGGAGCAGAAGGAGACCCUCGACAUUCAGAGAGAGUUUGAGCCCGAGGACCACGAUGAGGACUUUGUGGGUGCAGCAUUCCCGGCUUUGCGUCGCCGCCUGUGGGACCUGCUGGAGAAACCCAAGUCUUCCCGCGCUGCUCGAACCUUUGGUCUGCUCUCGUUCUCCUUCGUGGUGCUGUCAGUCAUCAACAUGGUGCUCAUCUCGGUAGACUUCGAGGAGGGCUUCGAUGAGAGUGACGUUGGCUUCGAUGCACCACUGCUCUCCGUUGUCCUGGAGCACGUGUGCAUGGUUUGGUUCACGGUGGAGCUGGCACUGCGCUUUCUCUGCGUGAGGGAUAAGGCUGGCUUCAGUCGAAGUGUUUUCAACGUCAUCGACCUGCUGGCCGUCCUGCCGUUCUACGUGACGCUGGCGGUGGAGCGGCUUCACGGAGAGUCUGCGGAGCUGGUGAGCGUGGGCCGCGUGGUGCAGGUCCUCCGACUCUUCAGGUCGCUCCGUAUGUUGAAGCUGGGACGGCACUCCACAGGCCUGAAGUCUCUGGGUUUGACCAUCGCUCAGUGCUACGAGGAGGUGGGCAUCCUGCUCCUCUUCCUCGCUGUGGGCAUCUCCAUCUUCUCCGCGGUGAUCUUCGCUCUGGAGCACGACGUUCCCGCCACCACCUUCACCAGCGUGCCGGCCGCCUGGUGGUGGGCGACCACCUCCAUGACCACGGUGGGAUACGGAGACGUGCGCCCGGACACGGCCGUGGGGAAGCUGCUGGCCUUCAUCUGCAUCCUGUCCGGGAUCCUGAUCCUGGCGCUGCCCAUCGCCGUCAUCAACGAGCGCUUCUCCGCACGUUACUUCAGCUUGCAGGUGAAGGAGGCGGCCAUGCAGCACGCAGAGAUGCUGAAGAUGCUGGAGCGGGGCUCUGUGGGGGGGGUAGGCGUGAACCUGAGGGACGCCUACGCCCGCAGCGUCCUGGAGAUGAUGAGGCUGCACGGGGAGGAGAGGGCGAGCAGCCAGAGCAGCGUGGAGGACGACCUGUGGUUGUAG